AUGCCUUAUUCAGUUGGCCAGCCUCAUCCCCCGAGGUUAUCACCGGGGCGCGGUUCCUCCGAGAAGCGCUCUUCAAGUCCGAGCUACUUUGGCUUGGUGGUGGAUGAUUCCGUCGACCCGCGAGACUCGUCGCAAAUGCCCCGUUACAACUGGAGUCCGCCCUCAUCAUCCGUGAAGUCAUUUGCAACUGCUCUCCCCAAGCCGGUUGCUCUCGAUGCCAAUCCCGAAUUCGAAGCUUUUAAGAAGCAGGUGGAUGCUUAUCGGGGAAAGGGCAUCAGUCUCUCAACCACGACGUACAUGUCUCAGCCUUCGCUGACCCCAAUCAAGUCGCCGGUCCGGCCCAAGCCACCUCGCUGGCAAUCCUACGCCAAUGAUUCUACAACAAGCUUAGACACGCCCUCCACUAAGGCGGAUAGUAACUGUUCUGCACAAGCUGACCGCAUGGAUGUAGACCAGGAUAGCUUGCAUGACUCAGCCUAUGUCUCUGGGGAUUCCAAGCGAAACUCUGAGGCCUGUCUAGCCCCGCUCCCGAGCGUUAACCUGUCGGUUCCCGAUUCUGUAGACGGGGACCUCGAAUUACCACAGCAACCCAUGAUCCUGUCCAAGGUCGAGAACAGAGAUCCCCGGUUAUCGACCGUGGGCAACCGGCCCGAUAUGAUAUCCCCGCCGAUCUGUUCCAACACCCCGAGGCCGCAUUCCACGCCGCCAAAGACCGACGGUGGCCCGAUGAUGAUUAUGCCGAGUCAGUUGCGCGACAUGGAGGAGGAUAGUAACAUACGGAUGCUUCUUCUCGAUGUCCGGUCGGCCCAGAGCUAUGCCCAAUCCCAUAUUCGAACUGCACUGAACCUCUGUAUCCCGACCACGUUAUUAAAACGAGCCACAUUUAAUCUCCAGAAAUUACAACAGACCUUCCAGCGCCCAGAGCAGCAGGGGCUCUUUUCUCGAUGGCGGGAAACGGACUGCCUGGUUGUCUACGACGCAUUCUCCUCGGAAAAGACUGAGGCGAUGACACCGAUGAAUAUGAUCAAGAAAUUCACCAACGAGGGGUACAAAGGCAGCACGUACAUUCUGCGAGGAGGCUUCAGAUUAUUUGAAGAAGAAUAUCCCGAGUUGAUUUAUGCUCCUACCCCCGAUAGCCCUGUCUCGCCCAACGGGACUUGUGCCGGUCCCCUAGGCUUGGCCCCCGUGAUUGGCGGCGUCCUCCUUCCCGUGGCCUCCAACACUCCGAAUCCCUUCUUCUCUAACAUCCGGCAGAAUAUGGAGCUUGCCAAUGGCGUAGGUCAAAUGGAUAUCGAGAAACCCAAGGGUUUGGAAUCGCCCACCCUUCCGCGAUGGUUGCGAGAUGCGGCGGAAGCAAAGAACCACGGCAAGAAGGUCUCGGACAAGUUCCUGAAUAUCGAACUUUGCGAGCAGUCACGGAUGAAGCAAGCCUACUCGAUGUUAAACCGAGAUCCCUCGAGUUGUCAAUCAGACACCGUUCAACUUUGCGGGAUUGAACAAGGAGGGAAAAACAGGUACAAGGAUAUUCUUCCCUUUGAACAUUCGCGUGUCAAGCUCCCGUGUCAGGGCGAUGGGAGAUGCGACUACAUUAAUGCCAGCCACGUCAAGGCAUCUGGAAGUAAUAAGAGAUAUCUCGCUUCCCAAGGCCCUCUUCCUGCGACAUUUGAGGAUUUCUGGUCUGUCAUAUGGGAUCAAGAUGUCCGGGUCAUCGUCAUGUUAACGGCAGAGUCCGAGGGUGGUCAAUUAAAGUGUCACGCGUACUGGAGAAACCGAGAGUAUGGACUGCUUAGGCUCAGGAUGCUCUCGGAGACAAAGGUAUCGCUGGACAUUGACAAGAAGCCAUCGAGCGACUCGCCUACGCCACAGCCACCAACUUCCGCAGCAGAAAUGGGCCGAAGACGCGCCCAUACUACGACGGCGUUUGAUGCGGCCUUUUCCUCGUCGGGUGCUAGCCCGCAGGCUCAACGCUCUGCUGGAGAGUCUCCCUACGUCAUCAUUCGGAAGUUUGCCCUCUCCCACGCAGCGCAUCCAUUCGAGCCGAUGCGAGAGAUUACACACUUACACUACCCGUCGUGGCCUGAUUUCGGCGCACCGGCGCAGCCAUCUCACCUGCUCGCGCUGGUUCAGCUGGCUAAUGCGAUGCAGCGCGGUUCGCUCCCGGUUGAGACGACAUCCGUCGGCAAUUCUAGGAACCCCAACUUAGCCUCCAUGCCGUGGACCGACGAACCGGAAUGCGAUCGCCGAGCGAGACCGAUGCUCGUUCACUGUUCGGCCGGAUGUGGCAGAACGGGCACAUUCUGCACCGUGGACAGCGUUAUUGAUAUGCUCAAGCGCCAGAGAUUGAGCAAAAGGAAUAGCAAGCUCAACAACAGCACGGCGCACACGGGCACCGACAAAGACGUAGACAUGGAUGAUUCAACUCCUACCCCACGGUCACCGAUAUCUCGCAUGUCGUCGGCCACGAGCCCCUUCUCUGACAGCAGUUCUGGGCGGGCUUUGCUAAGUCGGCACUCCAGCGCGAAGACACUCUCCAGACGAACAUCGCUGGAGACCCCUCCGCUCGACCUCUCUUGGAUUAGCGACGACACGAUCGACCUGGUGCAGCGGACGGUCGAAGACUUCCGUCGGCAGCGUCUUAGUAUGGUGCAGAGCCUACGGCAGUUUGUGCUCUGCUACGAGACGGUCCUCGAGUGGCUCUGGAGGGUACAGGACCGCGAGAAUAACGGCGAUAUGGCCCACCGGGGUCGCAUGAGGAGUGGAAGCCUUCAGGUUCGGAGAGAGGGCUAA